AUGAGCGAAACGCACUAUGCGGCAGUGCGGGCAAAGCUCAACAAACAUUGCUAUCACCAGCAUUUGGGUAGUGAAUCUGUUUUGUUGGCGGAGACUAUGAUCAAUGACUUGAUCGCCUCGGCUAGCAGCUUGAGCAACUUGCAAGAGAAAGACAACGACAAGAGGACAGAAUUGCAACUGCUGAUUUGCGAGCUUGAUGGUCUGCGAAUCGAGAAUCCCAGACUGAAGGCUGAAAAUAAUGCUUUACACCUACAGAUCCUCGAAGCAGUGGAAGCAUCUGAGACUUGGGAGGCUUCCAUUUGUCAGGAGGUGCAAAGCCUGGAAGAUGAGAUCGAUUCCACCAAGCUCAGUCUGCAACAAGAAACCCGUCGUGCUGCACAGAAAGAAUUGGAACUUCAGCAGCUCCAGGUGGAAGCUGCUGUUAUCUUGAACGUAGACCGCAAUGCAACGAGGCCUUGCGAUUCCUUGCCGGAACGAUCGGCUUUUCAACUGGAUGCAGAGCCACUUAUGGCAAAGGACGAAAGCUUGACUGAGUCACUGUACCACUGUCGCAGGAAUUUGCUGCAUCUGGAAAGCAAUGUCGCUGAAACCGCAAAACGUGCCGCGGAUUUGGAAAACAAGGCAGAGAUGUUGUGCCAAGAGCUUUUCGAAGGUUCAACUCCUUCGCAGCCGUUGCGGCUGCGUGCCAUGCAAGCACAAUUAGAGGUGGAAGCCACCCAACAGCGAAAAGGAUUGGAGGAGCUGGAAAUGCAGUGUGAAGAGCUGGAGGAAAGACGCCGCUCCUCGGACCAGAAGCGAAGGCAUUUACAAGAAAAAUCCCAGGAACUUCACAGUGAAGAAGCAGCACUGCUGGCUGACGAAGCAAAGGAGGCUGUGAAGACUAUGGAACUGCUUGAAGAAAGUCAAGCAGCAGCGUCUACGCACCAGCGCCACUUAAAAGAAGUACAGGAGCGACACAUGGCAUUGCAAGUGAGCUGUCAGAAACUCCGAGGCUCCACACAGAUCAUGGCUUCACGACUGAGCCAGUUCUCAAGAGAUGAGGCAUUGACUGCCGCCGAACAGUCAAAGAAGGUCAAGGAACUUUUGGAUCGAUUGGUCUCAGUGCAAAGCGGUGCUGUGGCACCUUCCACGCUGCAGCUUCAGCAGCUAGAAGAUCAGGUGCAAAGAGCACAGGAGGAGAGCAUUCGGCUCAGCUCUUCCAAAGCUGCACUGGAAGAAGAGGUUCAGGCAGCCACUCUGGAAGCAAAAAUGCAAGCCAGAUAUUUGGAGACGCAGCGGGCUUCAAUGGAGGGAGACAUCCAGAGCGGAGCAGAAGUCCAAAGCAGGUGGAGCAGUGCUGGUGCACAGCUGCAAUGGCUCAAUGCUUCCCUGUCGGGUAUCACGGAUGAGCAUCUCCUCCUCAAAUCCCAGCUUCAGGAGCAGCAGAUCUCCCUGCAUGAAGAGAGCUUACAGCGAGUGCAGACUCAUGUAGAGGUGCAACGCCUGCAAACAAUGGUGACAUCCUUGGAUCGCACCCGGGAGGAAUGGAUGGCAGACCUCAGCCGGUCUGUGGCAUCCUUGCGACAAGCGCAUGGAUCGUUGACAGCCACCCUGCAACAAGAGGAGAGUGUGCAGAGGACUUCUGAUCAGCUGAGGCAUCAACUCCUUGCAUCGGAGAGGAGUUUGCACAUGGCUGCUCAGCAACGUCAUGAGUUGGCUGCAGAGGUGGAUGACUGGACUUUCGAGUUGCAGGAGCAUAGUCGCAAACGGGAUGAGGCCCGUUCAACGGCUGCACUACUCAUGGACGAGCUACGGCAGGCCUCCGUCCACGCCUCCGACGACAGUCAAAGGCAGCUGGCUGAUUCAGACGGCCUGGACCGAGUGCAGGGAGAGGUUUAUGAUUUCCAGGAUCGACUUGCCCGUGUUGACACAGAAAUCGCUUCCUUGAACAGCAAGGCAAAACGAAGUGAGCUGGUGACGGAGCGUCGUCUUGAACGUGAUAACAGCCUUUCAAUAUGUUCUGCAGAGCUGGCAGCCUCAGAGAUUGCCUCGGAAGCAAUUACCUCUAAGUGCUGGCAGCUGCAAGAAGACAUUCAGGAGAAGACAGCUCAUGCUUCUUCCGUUGAAUUUGCAAGCAGAAAGCUGGAAGAAAAACUUGCAAGAUGCCAACAUGAGCUAGAUGAGGUCAAAGCUUCAGCGCAAAACGCCGCAGCAGGCUGGGGUGAUGAGCAGCGCGCUGCUGCUCGAGAGCUGGAGCUACUGAAAAAGGCAGCCACCAGUCUUGAUUCCGAGCGGGAUGAGAAGCAGCGUACGGCAGAUGAGCGAGCUCAAGAGGUUGAGGAUCUGAAGAGUGCCAUUCAGGACCACAAGCGAUCGCUACUAGAAGCCCAGCAGGCCCUUGAUGAUCUUCGAAGCACUGCUGACCGUCAGCAGACACAUUUGGAGCAGCAGCAAGGUCUGAAGCGCGACAGAUCGGAACAUUUAGAAGCACUUCGUCAACGCUCGGAGCGUUUGAAGAUGGAGCUCACAGAGCGAAAUAAUGAGGUGACGUGCGUGCUUGAUGACUUGCAGCACAUGGUGAAGGAGAACCAAGAGUUGCAUGAAGAAGUGCGGCAGCUUGAGAUGAGCGUCACAGCACGGAUGGCUGAUACGCGGAAACAGCUUCAACAGCAGGAGAUGUCUGCGCAAGAGCUGCAUGCUCUUGACCUAGAAAGAGCUGACGUUGCAAGGCUUCACGAGCAGAUAUGCCUCGAAAAUCGAGAAAAAGAGGUCACCAUCACUCGACUCAACAACGAUAAGGACUUGGCGAGACGAGUGGCAGGUGAGCUUGCGGCAGAACUGCGCAGGGUUCAGGGCUUGCAGGACACUUGGCAUGACCGAGCUGAACAAUAUCAGCUGGACAUUCUGGUGAUGCAGGAACAGAUUUCUGAUAUCAACCAGAGGGUCUCUUCCUGUGAAGAAUCGCAGCAGAAGGCCCUGGAGGAAGAUGCAAAACUCAAGGGCGAUGUGGCAGCUGCCUUUAAUGCAGCACAAGGUGCAGACCGAAGCGAGGCAGUUGAAGCCCAUGCAGUGGCGUCAUUACGGUUGAGGCGGCAUCAAAUUCAGUCCGCUCUGCAGCAGACCAAAGUGGAGAUCGCUUCUCAGAAGCGUUCUGCUGAACAGAACUGGUCCCAGGUGAGCCGACUGCAGGAACUUUUGGACCUGGGUCAGGUGAAGCUGAAUCGCUGCACAGCAGAACUCCAGGCGUUGCAGAAGUUUCAGUCCGCGAGUUCUACCUCUCCUUUGGCAAUAGGUGGUGAGGGCAGCCAAAGCCUGACAUCCAAACUCAAGGACCUGGUGGAACAAAGAUACGCCAAGGUCGGGGAGCUGGAUGCAGAGCAACAGCGUCUCAAGGCUGAGGUCCUACGCCUGCGAGCAGCCCAAGGGACUUAG